AUGGCCCCACCAAAGCCGUCCGCCAAGGGAGCAAAGAAAGCCGCCAAGUCUGUGGCCAAGCCGAAGACUGACAAGAAGAGGAAGCAUUCCCGCAAGGAGUCCUACUCUGUGUACAUCUACCGUGUGCUCAAGCAGGUCCACCCCGACACUGGAGUUUCCUCGAAGGCCAUGUCGAUCAUGAACUCGUUUGUCAACGACGUUUUCGAACGCAUCGCCGCCGAAGCCUCUCGUCUUGCCCACUACAACAAGCGGUCGACGAUCUCUUCCCGCGAAAUCCAGACGGCCGUCCGUCUCAUCCUUCCGGGAGAGCUCGCCAAGCACGCCGUUUCUGAAGGAACCAAGGCCGUCACCAAGUACACCUCCAGCAAAUAA